AUAAAAGAAAAGAAAAGAAAACAACCGACAGCUAAAAGCAAUCUACGAUCGCAGUGCGCUUUUUUCCAAACAAGAUGAACGGCAGAAAAGAACACUUAGGAAGUUUAGUUAGAAAGACGAACAAGUGAGGGUUGGGAGAGUAUAGAGAGAGAGGGAGAGAGAUGAAAAGGGCAGAAAAAAGUAGAGAAGGGCCAGCGAAAAAGCAAGAGAAUUUGGGGGAAAAGUUGAGGAGACGGGCAGUGGUGGGGAAAAGAGGGGGACAGAGCACUCCAGUGCUAUCCCCAUGGAGACUACUGCAAGCUACUCAUCAAGAAGAAGAAGAAGAAGAAGAAGAAGAAGAAGAUUUCAACAAUAAUAUUAAAGUGCCCCUUUGUUUAGUCUCCGCUAGGAAACUCGGCGCCGCCUUCUGGGAGCUCCAGCACUAUCGUCUUCCCCUCUCCGAGUCCAGGAUGCAUCACAGUCGCCCUCCUCCUCCUAGGAUUCUUCGCCAUAGCCGUCUUUACAAGGACUCGACCCCUUUCCACCUUCCUGAUCCUUCUCCUAGUUCCCCUGACCUGCCAGGGAGUGCAAGCAGUUUGAGGAGGCUUCUUGCUGCAUCAUUGAUGAAACACCAUCGAUCAAAUGAAAGAAACACCCAUGCUUUACAACCUGUAUCCCCUGCAAGUUAUGGUAGUUCCAUGGAGGUAGCACCUUAUGACCCUGCCAUAACGCCUACCAGUUCUUUGGACAUUAAAGGAAGGGUUGGUGAGGCAGGCUGUAGCCUCAAAACAUCUACAGAACUGCUAAAAGUAUUGAAUCGAAUCUGGAGCUUAGAAGAACAACAUGCAUCCAAUAUGUCAGUCGUGAAAGGAUUAAAGAAGGAGCUGGACCAUGCCCGUGCCAGGAUCAAAGAAUUGGUGAGAGAUCAGCAGGCUGACAGGCAUGAGAUAGAAGAAUUGAGGAAUCAAAUUGCAGAAAAUAAGCUAAUUAGGAAGAGCAAGGAGCAUGAUCGAGUCAGCAUUGCCAUUCAGUCUGUAAGGGAUGAACUAGAAGAUGAGAGGAAGUUAAGGAAACACUCCGAAAGCCUGCACAGAAAGCUGGCUCGGGAGCUUUAUGAGGUGAAAACAUCUCUUGCUAGUGCUUUGAAAGAGCUCGAAAGGGAGAGAACAUCAAGGAAGCUUUUGGAAGACCUUUGCGAUGAGUUUGCUUGGGGGAUCAGAGAUUAUGAACAGCAGGUGCAUGCUUUGAAACAGAAAUCUAAUGAGGAUUGGGUGGACACUGCUGAUCAUGGUAGAUUGAUCCUCCAUAUUUCUGAAUCAUGGCUUGAUGAACGGAUGCAGAUGAAACUAGGCAGUCACUACCACUUCGGAGAAAAAAAUUCAAUAGUGGAUAGACUAAGAUCAGAAAUAGGGACCUUUCUUAAGGCUAAACAAUAUGGUAAUUCCAAGAGUUAUGGUUAUGAUAAUUUUGUGCCGAGGAAUAAUACUUUUCGCCGCAGUUCUCUUGAGUCUAUUCCUUUGAAGGUUGCUGCUAGUGCUCCUCAAGAUGUGGGUGAUGAAGAGGAUUCUACUGAUAGUGAUUCCCAUUGUUUUGAGCUGAAUAGACCAACUGCAGGAAGUCCAAAGCCACAGGGACAUGAACCUGAGGAAGAUCAGACUUAUGACAUGGUCAAACCAACUCAUCUGCAUAAAAAUCUUCCAUUUCAUGAAAAGGUGAAGAGAUGUAGUCCAACCAGCUUGCAAGUGAAGUUUGAAGAACAGAUGCCUAGAACCAUCCCAUGGAAAGAAAGUGAAUCCCAUGUUCUGGAUGCUGAACAGUGCAAAAUUGGGGAAGGGAACCCGGUUGAAGCAAGAAUGUCUAGGAAGUCUGAAAUUUGUGAGGUGACAGAAGAAGACGACUACCAGGGAAAGACUAAUGCAGACGAAACCCAUGUCUCCAAGCCACAUCAUGUUGUUGACGACUUAAUAAGAAAUCAAUAUUUGUUGUCAGAACAUGGGGACACCCAUCUUGAGAAUAACUAUGGGGUGGUAUCUUCUGGUAAUUCUGUAUGGAGGCGGCCAUCAAGUCCAAUAAGACAAUGGACGGCUACACUCCCAUCCCAAGAUUGUGACAUCUCCGAGUCCUCUUCAAAGUUGCCCAAGGAGAAUACAUUGAAGGCAAGGCUACUUGAAGCAAGGAAAAGAGGUCAGCGCUCACUUUCUCGUUUAAAAGCUUCCAAAGUUCCAGUCUAGGAUUUUGUUCUCUCUUACCUCAGCUUCAUGAGUUCUCAUGGGCCUUGUGAGUUUGUUCAGCAAUGAUGGUUUAUGGGAUUUUGUGUUUUGUAAAUAGAGCCGAGAUAAAAGUUGAUAUUAAACUUGCAUUUUUUUAUUUCGAACUACGGUUCUUUUACCACUUGUAAUUUCAGAAUCUUGACUUGAUGUAAAGUUUAUCUUCUAUAGCAGAGUAGAAUAAAAAAGCCUAUGUAGUUAUACAAGUAGAGUGGUUUUGAUUUCUCAACUAGGGCUGGCAUGGUCUUUCCUGGAACAUGGGUGAUGGGUUGGCAUCCACUAAUAUAACUCAUUGCAUGCGUUGCGCUGAUACUUGAAAGUAGAGCUUAGAGUUGGUUCUCAACUUAAAUACAGCUCUUCCACCAUGUUUCACCUUACUGUUGUAAACUGUACU